AUGGACUCUGCCUCCAACGAAGAGCUCCCCUCGUCCUUCGAGCUCUGCUCCUCCUGCGGUUGCACCACCGUCAAGCGUGCCGAACUCGACAAACUCGACGCGGAGAUCAAACUCACGAUGGCGAACAACAAGCGCCUGACGGACGAAGCGCACAGAUUGGACAUUGCGCGGGCGCAGCUGCACGAGCAGGGCGUGCUGCUGUGCGACGAGACGACGUUCUUGCGGAGCGAAGUCCACCGCCUGGGCGCGUAUUUCUCGCUCGACGAUGACACAUUGAACGCCGAAUUAUUUGAUCUUGAUGAGCGCGGACGGUGGGCGCGCGUUGAAGCUAUGAGGGCGUAUGCCGCGAGUCUGCCGGCGCAGGUCGGGCGGGUGAUGGAGGAGCUGCAGGAGGUGCACGAUCAGCAGGGCGCGCUGCAGAAGGAUAUCAGGAGGGUGUUUGAGGAGCUCGAUAAGAGUAGCGAGCGGCUGGCGGAGCUGAGCGAGAUUAUCUCGGGGUGGAAGGAUCGGAUGGGGCAUAGGCAUCAGGCGAAGCAGGUGGAGGAUAAGGCUGUGGGGGAGACAUUGACUGCGGAGAGCGCAUAA